AUGCAGGAGUUCGUGAAGAUGCUAAACGAAGCGGAUGAGGACAUACUACUGCAUAAAUAUAACUACAGAAAACUGGUCGAAGGAAGAUGGUCGCCGAUUGAACAGGCCAAUGCUGUUUUCUACUGGCGAUGCUUGUUGGACUUUUGCAAAUCGAGGUGUACCACGGAAGCCGAAUGGUCCGAGUGCAGCUAUCGCUUAUUGCCGACGAUGCGCAACUUCUGUGAAAUUACCAAUAGCUAUGUAACUACGGCUCUGACAGGCGAUGAAAGCGAAGCACUGUUUGAAUUGAAGAAAUUCACCGUCCUGCAACUCUUCAAAAUGGUCCCUCUGUUCGAUCACGAUGAUCGAGCUGGAUGGAACUGUUGGCGCUGCCUGUGUGAGCAAGUGUUGGGCAACAUGGAGCUGAAGCUUUCCACCGCCAUCGUCAAUGAAAUUGUAAUGAAAAUGUUCAAGCAUCUUUGGCCACUUCCGGAACAUGCCGAUGAGGCGUUAUCAAGCAUAUGCGACUUGACAAGUAAUAUCAUACAUCGGGCAUUAUUCCCCAAUGCGACAGUAAUAAUGGCUGCGAAUCAGUCGAUGCUGUUGGAUGCUGCAGGGAAUGAAACAAUGUCGUUGGAUGAGGGAUGUCAAAUAAUUCAAUUUCAGUUGGACGAUGCGGUGCUGUAUCGGUGUAUGAUGAUUGUAAGUGCAAUGAUAAAAACAAAUCGCUUCAGAAAAAUGAACGCUUUGUUGCAAGGAGUACUGGAUAAUAUAGUAUGCCCUUAUUUGCCUCAUUGCUUACUGGCAUAG